AUGGGAAACGAACAUCCCGCGAUCACCGCCGCGGGGUUGAGCGAGGCGAACGAGCUCCUCGCGCAGCUCCCCGCGAACCUCUGGCCGGGGUCGGAGAAGUUCAAGGUCGUGCAGGGCUUGCUCGACCGGAACAACACGCUGAUCAACGAGAUCAACCACAACCACUACGGCCGCUACCCGGACGGCCUCGAGAAGAACGCCGACCUCAUCAAAGAGCUCUCGGGCAACAUCGCGAGCGUCAUCUCCCUGUACGAAGAAGUCAACAGCGGGUUCGUGUCCCUCGUGGGAGGCACCGCGGCGACGACGGAGGCGGCGUGA